CUACGCACGCUGCAAAAGCGCAGCUGUGCGUUGGUUUCGUGCGCCUGCUCCGUCGUCUCUAUGUAACCUUGACAGGGACCUGUUUGCUCGCAGUAUACUCUCCAUUCGCGACAGCAACACCAGCACGCGCAUGUAUCACUUCUCGUGAUAAGACAAGAACAAUUCGCAGCGACAAAAUUGCGGGACACGUCCGGAGAGACGGCAAACUUGGCAUGGCACUUGUGGGAGGAUCCCAUCAUGGGCCCGAAGCCCGGACUUCAACUUCGUUACGGGUUGGCGUCGUCCAACCCUUGCUCACAGAUCUGUACCAGAUCACGAUGGCGUACGCUUACUGGAAAAGCGGCAAGCACGACGACGAAGCCGUGUUCGACCUUUUUUUCAGGAAGAAUCCGUUUCAAGGAGAAUUCACCGUGUUCGCUGGUUUGGAGGAUUGCAUUCGCUUUUUGCAAACCUUCCGUUACUCCACAAGCGAUAUUGAAUAUUUGAAGAGCAUCCUUCCGGCCAGCGUUGAACCCGAGUACUACGAUUACCUUUCAUCUUUGACGGCAGAAAAAGUGAAGCUUUAUGCAGUACCAGAAGGAACUGUUGUGUUCCCAAGGGUGCCGUUAAUAAGAGUGGAAGGGCCACUCGCUGUGCUGCAGCUCUUCGAAACCACGCUUCUAAACCUCGUAAAUUACGCCAGUUUAGUGACUACGAAUGCCGCAAGGUUCCGGUUAGCCGCUGGGUUGAAUAUAAGCCUGCUCGAGUUUGGCCUGAGACGAGCUCAAGGUCCUGAUGGAGGCCUGUCAGCAUCCAAGUACACCUACCUUGGUGGUUUUGAUGGGACGAGCAAUGUGCUCGCAGGGAAGCUCUUCAAUAUUCCGUUGAAGGGAACACAUGCCCAUGCUUUUAUCAUGAGCUUCUCUUGCUUGGAAGAUUGCAAACUCCGAAAAUUGAAGGCAGUCGGAGGAGAGGAAGUGGAUUUCCUGGAGCUGUGCUGCAAAUGGAGAAAGGAACUGACAGGCCUGUUCAAGACCAUAGAGGACGAGGCGAGCAGUGGGGAGCUGGCCGCAUUCAUCUCGUAUGCAGUUUCCUUCCCUGAAAAUUUCCUCGCGUUGGUUGACACCUAUGAUGUCCUUCGGAGUGGGCUGCUGAAUUUUUCCGCCGUUGCCAUGGCCCUGAAUGACCUUGGCUAUCGUGCGCUGGGUGUUCGCAUAGACAGUGGUGACCUGGCAUACCUCUCCUCGUGCGCCUUCCACAUCUUUGAUGAGCUCGCCGACAAGUACAACCAGGAGUGGUUCAAGACCCUCACCAUUGUGGCCAGCAAUGACAUCAACGAGGAGACCAUCAUCUCACUCAAUGAGCAGGCAUGGAAGAGUAUAAAACAUGGCAUGACAUGUGGGCACAAGAUAAAUAGCUUUGGCAUCGGAACUCAUUUAGUAACAUGUCAAAAGCAACCUGCCCUUGGCUGUGUCUACAAGCUAGUGGAGGUAAAGAACCUCUCUUGCAUCAAGCUCAGCCUCGACAUCCAGAAGGUCACAAUACCUGGAAAGAAGGCCUGUUACCGCCUCUAUGGCCACCAAGGCUAUGCUCUACUGGAUCUAAUGCAGAAAAUGGACGAGCCGCCACCUCAGAAAGGAAAGAAGGUUCUCUGUCGGCACCCUUUCCAGGAGUCAAAGCGUGCAUAUGUGAUACCAGACUAUGUUGAAGAUCUGUGCCUGCUCUGGUGGGACCAUGGCAAGAUUGCCAGAGAGCUGCCACCACUCGAUGCCAUACGAAACAGAGUAAAGGAGUCGUUGAAGACCCUUCGGCCAGACAUCAAGCGAACCUUGAACCCAACACCGUACAAGGUCUCUGUUUCUGACCACCUCUACAUGUUCAUGCACGAACUGUGGCUACAAAAUGCUCCCAUCGGGGAGCUCUCCUAGCGUGUCGCAAGCGGGUCGUCGUUCUGAGCACGUCAGGACAUCCGGCUGCGCUCAACAACAAAUGAAGAGUCGUCGUCGCGCUGCGGAUGUCGUGGUUCAGCACUCGUUGAUUGACGAAUAGUCAAAAAUGAUCGCAAGUCUGUAGCCGCAUUGUUAUUUGUUACCUGCUGCCUAGUUGUGAUAACAGGUGAAUCAAAAUAAGCCAGCCGUGAAUUUAUGGCUUUGCGCUCUUGCUCACGCCUGUACGAGAGGCAAUGGGAUCGUAUGGCUCCUGAGACCCUCAUUCAUUCGACGCUGGCGCACCUCUAUCUUUUCAAAAUUUUUCACGCUAUUUUGUUUCGCGUGGAAUCAAAACUCUCAUCACACUUGUUGCAUUUGUUUAUUCGGAAGUACAUAUUUUGUCGUACAACUUCUUUAUUUACGCUUUUGCCUUAGAUUGACGCACUGGAAUGCAAAAGUAACGUGCGUUCCAUGACACAUUGUGCAUCUCGUGGUUUGUGUGUAGUAUUACUAUUUUUGUGCAUGUUAGUUUGUUUUAGAUGGCUAUAUUUUACUCAGUGCGCCAUUUUAAUCUGUACGAGAUGUUUUACGAGGCUUUAGUUGGUGCUAAUGCACAUUCUUUGUCGGCUGCAAAAAAAAGUCGGUGUCAUUUUGCGCGGACAUUUGAUGCACUGCCAUUUUGAACGCAACAGACUUUAUUUGUAAGGAUACUGCCCUGUAACACGUAGAAAAUUUUCAUUGCACGACAUUUCCAGCAACAAAAAAAAAAUUACCAUUGUAGGUGGUGUUCUGUCUUCAGAAUAUAAGUGGACCAUGUAUUUUGGUUUUUUAGUUGCGUAGCCACAGCGAUUUGUUCAGUUAAAAAGGAGCAGCUACAAGCUGUUCCUUUUUAACUAGCAGCUACAAAGCAGUGUUCUUGUUUUUAACUGUGGUUGUACUGGAAGCUUUUUACUUGGCACAAUUCAGCCUAUGAAGGGAACUGAAAAUCACGGUGCUAGCGUAUGACUCUGUAGAUUGAUGAAGGUUUCCUUUUCUUCCUAUUCUUAUUCAUUGUCAAAACAGUGUGCAUUGUUAUCAUAAUCAAAUUGUUGUUUUCAACAUCUUCUAAGAGAGAGAGAGAUACGAUUAGUGGACAGUUACAUUCUCUGGGCUUGCCCAGUCGGCAAGCAUCAAAAGCAUUACAUUGGCAGUUGAGGCUGUGAUCUUUCUUUUUGCUUUGUUUUGCUAGACAAACUUGAUUUGUUCCACGGUCCUUGUUCAUAUUAUGACAUGAGCCCAUAACAUGUUUUUCCUUGGUAGGGUUCAUAGUACUCAUUUUUUUUUUAGAAAGAUUGUUGUGGAAUCACACCUACAGAGUUUCAAGCUAUGGAGCCUUUCCUAAAGCACGGGUCAAGGCCUCAGCUGCUUGCUUGAUUGAGGAACUCAAGAUGUGUGCAUUUUCGUGCUUGUAUAGGAUUGUCGGGAGGUCGAGAAAGUGGGUGAAUACAGGUGGCCAUGCGUGAGCACUCGUAGGCGUUUUCGAUUGGUGGAAGCCACAGAACAACUCCAUUUCUGACAGCAUUAGAUUUAAAAGACUCGCCAUGUAAUGUAGCAGCUAUGGUGAAUGUAUUUGCAUAACAUGAAUAUAUAUUUUAAGUUGUAUUGCUAUGGCACAUCAAUUUCAUGCUUUGCUAUACAUGCCUAUAUGGUGGUUCAUAUUUAUAGAACGAAAGAGCCACUUAACUUGGUUGCAGUAUUGUAACCACACAAUGAGAAAUGGAUGUAGAAGCAUUGAUGACUGGCGAUAGUCUUAGCAAAUUCGUUUCGUGAUAACUUCCACUGAACAUGUUCAGUUGACAUGUUCAGUCGCAUUCACUGAACAUGAAUUCAGUAAUGUCUCCUUUCUUGUGGCUUCCAUGUUUCGUAAACUUCUGCUAGUCCAGCGUAUCAAGUAAGUAUUGAGGUAGAGUACUUUGAAAUAUCUAAUGCACCUAAUAGCCUUGCUAUACACCUUUGGAAAAAGUCCCACAUUGUGGAGCACUAAGGUAUUGGUACACCUAGAUGCUUUUUAGGCAUGUACUUAAUCAUUGGUGACAGUUAAUUAUAUGGGCGAUUUCUGAAGUCAAAUUCCUGUUUUUGAAUGUUCACGCAUGGCCUGAAGAGCUUUAAUGGCUUUAAUUCAUUGUUUUUUUAAGUUAAUCUUUUUCUUGUUACUUGGCUUUUUGAUGCUUUUGGUUUGUAGCCCUUGAUGCUUAUAGAAUGCGGGCGACUUCAGACCCAUUGUUACGAAGUGCUUAUCAGUGUAGGCAGUGUAGAUGAUGCAUGCCAACAGUUUUCUUCUCACAACAUUUUAAAGGGACACUAAAGAGGAAUAUUUCGCUAAGCUCGAUUAGUAACUCAAAAUUUUCAAAUAGCAAAAUGUUCCAUCUUGGAAGCCAGAUAUGCAAAAACAAAAUGUGGUUGGUGACACUGUACUGAACGUUUUCACACCAGGUACCCAUGGCUUCAUGUAUUUUUGUAAGCAUCUGCUUAGGACCACUUCACUGUCCAACGAGAAAGAAACGUUUCAUUGCCCAAGUAAAUGCAUGGAGAUUUGAGAUUCCACCGUGAUGUACCUGUGCUCCGGUACAGCUUCAUAACUUGGGUAGGAAAGAUGCGCUUCCAUUCUUCUAUACUUAUAAUUGACCUUUCCCACCAGCUGUUAGCUCGGCUGAGGGAUUGACAAAAGUUGUAUGUCAUCUGCUUGUCAGCUGUUCUGGCUGUGCCCUGAAACACGGGUGAUCAGACUUUGGUUGACCAGUCGAAACAUGGAACUGUUAAUAUGAAAGAUAUAUGUAUUACCAGAAUACGGUGUUGAUAUUACACUUUAGCGUCCCUUUAACUAAGCUUCAUAGCUUACGUGCACCUAAUAGACGUGCUUGUUAUGGAAAGGCAAAGUGUACCUUUCGCGCUUGUAUACAUACCAGUGUUGUGUUAAGGAACUUGCAACGAGACAAGCUGUGUUGUGAUCAGUCUGCAACCUGCUCAGUGGCAUGAACAAAGCAUGGUGAAAAGUAUGAUCGGCAAUGCAGAUUUAGAGUAUUCUACCCUAAGGGCAAUAGUAUUUUUGUAACAGCGUAUAUUACUCUGCAUCACUUUCUGCAAAAAGGUCAUUAUACAGAUCUGAAUCAUGCUCUAGACAUUCUUUUACGCUUUUAUUUUUGCAAGUUUUGCUUUUUUAUCUCUGUGGUUGUUGCACACUCAUUUUUAGUUUAGACAGUGUGCGGCCUGCUCUUAAUGUGUGUGGAAGCUCCUUACUUGUAGAGUAAUAAUAAUAAUAAUAUCUGGGGUUUAACGUCCCAAAACCACCAUAUGAUUAUGAGAGACGCCGUAGUGGAGGGCUCCGGAAAUUUCGACCACCUGGGGUUCUUUAACGUGCACCUAAAUCUAAGUACACGGGCCUCAAACAUUUUCGCCUCCAUCGAAAAUGCAGCCACCGCGGCCGGGAUUUACUUGUAGAGUGAAAAAUGUAUCUAUGCAGUAGCGUACACUAUAUAUAUUUACUGUAUAUCACAGAUGCAUGACUGCUCUAGUCCUAGUCACUAGUAUGUACGACAUGAUAUUCAGCUUUUUUUUUUUUUUUUUCUUCUGUUACCUGUUCAAGUUUUCUGAAGAUUAUUGCCUUUUCCUUUUUCACGCGACAGUUUCUACACGUGGAAAGCAACAUCAUUCGUGUAUUAAAUGGCCUUUCUUUUGGAUGCAUAAUCUGUUCAUUAAAUGCUAGUUUUCAUUACGGA